GUCAUUAACACUGGUGUCUUGACUUCACCUCCGAUCGUGUGUCAUCUCUUGCUUCUACCUCAAAACGAGUCGUUUUUUUCUGGAAAUAGCUAACUCUCUCUUUGCUUAUAAGUAUUAGUCUUGAGACACAUUUUAACGUCCUUAUAGAACAAUGUCAGAUUUCGACAGAAACCCGUUCGCGGACCCGGAGAUCAGCAACCCAUUUCAGAGGAUGAGAUUCUCCCAGAAACUUAAGAGUCAGGGAGACAGCGAGAGGACUGAGGACACUGAGACUGGAGAAGGAUAGCACUGCAGGAAUACAUAGAUUGGAUGUUGAUCUUGAGCAGCAAUUUGAAUGAAACUAGUGCGUGACUGACAGCAGCUGAUGGAUCCAUCAGUGACACAAAUACGACAGGCUGCUCCUCCAGGGUUGGAGGAGUACAACCCCUUCACAGAUGGCAAACCAGCGCCUCCGGGUAUUGCACCCAGGACUGCGGCACCCACCAUCAACACACAACCUGCCAUCAUGAAACCCACAGAGGAGCCUCCAGCCUACUCGCAGCCUCAGGAGCAGUCGGGAGCAGCUGCUGAGCUGUUGAGGAGGCAGGAGGAGCUGGAAAGGAAGGCUGCAGAGCUGGAUCGCCGGGAGAGAGAAAUGCAGUCCCUGAGUGCUUCAGGAGGCAGGAAAAAUAACUGGCCCCCCCUCCCAGAGAAGUUCCCCGUGGGUCCCUGUUUCUAUCAUGACAUCACAGUGGACAUCCCUGUAGAGUUUCAGAAGACGGUCAAGAUCAUGUACUACCUCUGGAUGUUUCAUACUGGGACGCUGUUUGCUAACAUGGUGGGCUGCCUGGCCUGGUUCUGUGUGGAUGCGUCACGUGGAGUGGACUUUGGCUUGUCCAUCCUCUGGUUCUUGCUCUUCACACCUUGUUCAUUCGUCUGCUGGUACAGACCACUUUAUGGAGCGUUCAGGAGUGACAGCUCAUUCAGGUUUUUUGCUUUCUUCUUCGUGUACAUCUGUCAGUUUGGCAUCUACGUCAUGCAGUGUAUCGGCAUCGCUGGUUGGGGCGCCAGCGGGUGGAUCUCAGCUUUGACCGGCCUGAAUCGCAGCAUCCCAGUGGGCAUCAUAAUGAUCCUCAUCGCUGCUCUCUUUACCUUCCUGGCUGCCAUGUCCCUCAUCAUGUUCAAAAAGGUCCACGCCAUGUACCGUACCACCGAUGCCAGCUUUGAGAAGGCCCAGCAAGAGUUCGCCACAGGCGUCAUGGCCAACAAGACGGUCCAGACGGCCGCUGCUACUGCCGCUUCCAGGGCUGCACAGGGAGGCUUCAAGGAGCAGAUCUGAUUGGCCUAGAGAGCUUGCUCCCUCUCCGUCCAACCCGUACCGUCCCCCAUUUGUCCUCCUCUGCUCACACGCAGCUUCCUGUCGAGCCAACUGCCCUAUUUGAACACACAGCGAGUCCCCCAGCCUUCUGACAAUAUCACAGUGGUUCAUGUGAGGGCACUACGGUUGGCCCCCAAGUCCCCCAUGAUCUGUAAUCUCAGUCCGAGUGAGACAACAACCACCUACUCUGGGAACCCUCACCCACGCUGCACUCCUACCACUCAACCAGUGUGCUCAACUUGAUUUGUGUGUGUGUCCGUGUGUGUGUGUCCGUUCAACUAAAUGAAUGUUUGCGUGCCUUUUUGUCUGUCCUCUGUGGAGAGAUUCUAUUGUAGCUGAAACCAAGUCCGACUUUCUAACAUCCCCUGGGCAUUUCCCACCACCAGUUCUGUGCUCCCCAGCAACGCUGACUUCCUGUGUCUUUGAUUUAUCAACCUAAUCACUACUUCAUAUUUUUACAUUAAUUUAUUAUCGGACAAGCUGAAGUCAUACAUGUCUCUCUCGUCUCUAGCAGCCCUCCCUGAUUUGUUUUGCUGUUGUUCCAUGAGUACAUAACUUAACACUGCUGCCCCCUGGUGGAGUGAUCGUGUAUUGUUAAAGAUGAAUGCUGUGCAUUCCAGUUUACUGCCUUGUCUUCUAACUUCUGCUUUCCUCAGAAUUGGUUUCUAGAAAGUGUGUAGUAGUUAUAAAAGUGAUGUAUCACACACUUCUCCUUGUGUAGGGCUAAGGAUGUUUUUUGCCAAGGAAACGUAUUCAAAUUGUUCCUGAAAUUGCAAAAAUAUUCAAUUUACAACGAUGCACCACUGGAAACCAAAUCUCAACAAACACUAAAUGGAUUGCUUUGAAACUUUGUACGGAUGUUCAUGCUCCCCAGAGGAUACAUCCCGCUGACUUUUACUCUAGCGCCACCAUGAGGUUCACAUUCACAGAUUUUGCAAACUAUCUCCACAACCAUGAUAUGGAUUGUCAUGACAUUUGAUUUAAUCAUCCAUGUCCCAUUCACGAUGAAUUGUACUCAGUUUAAUCACUUGAAUUUCCAACAUCAUUUCUAAAUUUAAUUUAAUUUAUUUAUUUAAUCAUUUGGUAUAUGAGCAAAUUCCUGCAAAACAUUCCCAUCAGCUGUACUUUGUGUUUAGUGCUAAUGUUUUCAAUUGUACUAAGCUAACACGCUAAACUAAGAUGGGGAACAUGGUAAACAUAAAUGCUAAACAUCGGCUUGUUGGCAUGCUGACGUUAGCAUUUAGCUCUAAGCACCGCUAGCAUGGCUGUAGAGUCUCGUUGCGUAAAAAAAGACAAUAAACAUCAAAAUAAUUGCUCCAGUAGACUUAGCAACCUUAGCAACACCCAGCUGUCCUGCCUAAAAGCAGGAGUGGAUACUCAAAAGAUGGUCUUUUUAUUUAUAUUUUUAAGUGAACCAUCACUUUAAAGUUUUUUAUUUAUCUGCUUGAAAUCUUUUUCCUAUAAUGGCCUACAUAUCCAUUGUGAAAUUCAACCCAGUUGCAUUUUAUAUCUUUGACUGCACUCUGUAAUCCGUGCAAAUGGAAGGAUGUUUAUAACAGCGGCCUCUCGCCUUCCUGCUCAUUAGUGUCCGUACUUACUUCAUACACGUAACAUGCACCAGCUGAGUUCUGCAUAGUUUUCACCUUUCUGUGUCAUUUCAUCCGACACAAAUUAGUUUUGACGCUAUCAACAUGCAAGUAAUGAGAUCCACACUUCCUUAUAUACAGCUGCAUGUUUAUACAGUUUGAAGAGGAAAGUGCAACUCGUCUCCAGCUUUUCUUGUGUUCCCGGAGACUUACCUCAGUUUGACUCAGGAUGUGCUCUUCACUUGCAUGACGAUCAGUUAAAGAAUGAUACGAGAUUGUAUGAAAUACGACAUCAACUGGCCCCUGUUUUUAAAUAUGUGCUGUGAAACUAUAUAUUGCAAUAAAAAAAAUCUAUAUUUCAAAAGAUGAUUUAAAAAAAGUAAAAUGGGGCAGUAAUGUGGAUGCAAUGUUCUGAUAAAUGCUUGCAUAUUCAUAAUUUCACAUUUGUGGAUAGACUCCAGCAAUCAAAUCCGAAGAUAAAAGUCAAAUCUCAUUAAGUCUCUUUAAAGUCAUUCAAAUUUCCAAAGGCAUUUUACCUGCUAAAAUGUUUUUUAUCUACUAUAUGUUGCUUUAGCGGGAGCUAAAAAGCCAUUUCCUCUGUCUUAUGCGUGUUGUGUCUUAUGUUUAAACCAGUUAAGCCUUUGUGUGUAUUUGAUGCGAAUGAGUGUGAAAAGAGGGGAUUUGGCCUUUAAGUCUUAAAUCUGUGUGCAGGGAAGAGUCUGGCUGUGGGCCUGGGAUCCUUCUUGACUUCCUGGAGAUUUCUUUUUCUUUUCUUUCUUUUCUAAGUUUCAUGCAACAUGCCCUUUUUUGCUCUCUCUCUUUUUUUAAUUUCUAACACACAUUUCUGUACAAAGAAAGAUGAGAUUAUUUCUUAAAAAGAAUCAAAAUGACUGGCACUUCCAGUAUUUUUCUGUUAUGUUUGACCUAAAAACCAAUACAUGAGAAAUGCGAGAAAGGCAUUAGAUUGCAAUGCAAUGUGAAUUGUGUGAUGUGCUGUAGACGGGCUGUCUGAAGUUGUGCUUCAUAAUCAACAUGGUGUGUGGUAGUAACACUGACAACUAAAUUAAUUUAUAAACAUCUCUAAGAAUACAAUCUUGAUUAUAUAAUUGAAAAGAAACAAUAAGGGAUGUUUGUAUAUUUUGUUUGAUUUGCAGAUGGACGGCCAUUUGAUCUAAAUUGAUGUAAUUUUAAGAUGCACUUUGGUUUGAGCUUCAGUCGCAUGUUGAGUAGUUGAGUUUUGUAUAUUUAUGGAUUAUGGUAUUAAAACUGAAUAAAAUUGAUCUUCUCUAUG